CAUCAUCGAGACCGUGGCGUCUCGCCUCCUACAGUUGCAGUCGGCGCACCAUUCCGCGAGCACGCGACAUUCCGCGCCGCGGCGGAUACCGCGAGAUACCCGGUAUAUUCUCGGUAUUUACACCGAUUGACUCUCGGAAAAAAUAUAUAAUUCUAAUUUCGAGUGGGGAAAAAAAACGAGGGAGACUCGACGGUCGCAACCCUCCGCCUGUAUCUAAUCGCGGUAUAUAUAUAAACACUUCAGAUGAUAGAUAUUUUUGCGCGAGUACGCGUAUUUGAAAGUGAGAAAUUCAAAUACCGCUACUUCUGGAAUUUCGACAGAACGCAUUUUUUUGGGGGUCCAAGAUUUACGAAUCUUGAAGUCGUGCCUAUGGUGUAUUUGCGCUACUUAUAUUAAUGAAUAAUUUGUACUUACUCGAAGAUCAGCGAGCUCGCAGGAUCAACAUUUGCAUCGCUUGAAUCCGUGUUUUGUUGUUUAAAUUGCGGAAAAUUCAGUGCUAUGUUUCUCGGUGCUACCCUGCAAACAUCAACAGUCAUUAGUUAAUAGAGAGAAUAUUAUAGUUAAUCGAUUGAGAGAAAAAAGUGAUAUUCUCCAGAAAAAAAAUACACGAAUCUGAUAAAAAUUCCCUUCUUGACGUCGCCGAUUUUGUCCCUCAAGCUCGAGAAUUUUAUUUCCAAGAACGAGAAUAUUGCGCCGAUCGGUCAAGGAAAUCGCGGGCAUCCAACACCUGACCAGGUAGUCAGGUAGCGACCAGAAAUCGAAGUCAGUGCGGAGAACACGCGAAUUUCUAGAGCCACGAAGAGGGGGACGCCCUUACAUGCGUCAUCGCGCUAUCGCGAGUGCAAGUCGCACGUGAGCAUCGCACGUGAACGGCAGUACAACACGUGCGUUUUGCUCGCCACAGUUCGUCGCUUACGUGCAGCGAUAAAUGCACCGUCGCUGUCGCGGAUGACGUUCCGCGCCUUCUCCAAGAUGAUCAUCCACGGGAUCGUCCUGUUGGUUGGCGCCGUCUGCCACGGUCUCCCCGUAGCUGACGAGCCUGCUGAUACGAGCACGAUCGGGGAUAUCGGAAAUGUCUCAGAAGCAACUGUCAUUCCCGAAGCGGAAGGUCAUUCCAUGGAUGAUAUAAUGCCGGGGACGAAACCGCCAUCGAUUGCCCUGGUGUUCGUCGAUAUCCCGGAACACACGGAAACGGAACUGGGCUCGUCCGUGCUGUUGGCAUGCCGAACCGCUAAUCCUGUAGCCGAGUGCCAGUGGUCCUGGCAGCCAUUACCGCCAAUACACCUGCCACUUCCGGAUGUCAGUGAAAGCCCGUCAGUUUCUACGACCACGACGAUCUCGACGAUAUCGACAACCACGUCGACUCCCACGACUCAUCCACUGCCGGUACGACAAUUUCCGGCGUUCGGGAACAACAGCAAUGAUUGCUCCGUGAGAUUCUCCAGUACCAAACACGAGCAGACAGGAUACUGGACUUGUGCGGCGAGAGUCUCCACGAGCGAUCCUUUCACCAGCACCGAACCCGCCAAGCUCAGCAUCGUCAACGCCAAUCACGGUAUCCUCAUCACGUUCGCAAAGCACGAGAAUGUCAUCGAGGUGCCGGCUGGAUCCUCGGCGCAGAUAAUGUGCCAAACCAAGUCGCCGGUACGCGAGUGUCAGUGGUCCUGGAGGCAACUGAAUCAGUCGCAGCCCUGGAACCUCGAUGUGAAAUCAUUCCCGGCUUUUGGUAACGACAGCACGGAAUGCAGCAUCAAGUUCAAGAACGUCCUGCCGGAGCAGGAGGGCUACUGGACCUGCGGUGCCCGAAUCGACCCGAAUUCCUCAUUCAUCCAGGCUACUCCUGUUCGAUUUCUCAUUUCGGAAGUCGAGUUCGUGCAGUUGUCGCGCGGCGUUCAGGUUGCAGCCGGCGAGUCGGUCUUUCUACGAUGCCUGGCGAACAAGCCGGUGGUACAGUGCGAGUGGUCGUGGAGGGCGUCGAACUCGAGCAAGGAACCGCUGCUGGUCAAGAAGUUCAGUCCAAACAAGGACGCCGAUCACGACUGUUCCGUGCGAUUCAAGAACAUUCUGUACGAGGAGGAAGGACUGUGGACCUGCGGGGUCCGUUUGACGCCGGAUGGGAUCCUGCAUACGGCGCCCGCGGCCACUGUCAGCCUCCUGCCUACCGCCAAGGUGAGCUUCGUGGAUAUGCCGACGGACACGGCGGUGCCUGUAGGCACAGAAGCCGUACUGAAGUGCAUCACCAGCAGCCGCGUGGAAAAAUGCGCCUGGAUCUGGAAGCCGCUGAAUGGCAUCGAUUCCGAAAGCGUCGUCAUCGACGAAUUUCCGAGCAACGGGGAUCUCGGCCGCGACUGCUCGCUUCAUCUGCCGCAGGUGCACGCGGAGAAACAAGGUAACUGGGUCUGCCAGGUGUCCAUCGCGUCGCUCGGCACCGUCCUGACGUCGCCGGCCGCCAAGCUCACGGUCUUCGAGCAAGACGAGGUAAAGUUCUCGGAGCUGUCGCAGGACAUUCAGAUCUCCUCCGGCGGUAGUGUCUUGCUCCGCUGCGUGACUUCCUCGGCGGUGGAUCAGUGCCGUUGGUCGCUCACCCCGGUCAACUCCAACACCACCGUAGUGGUGAAGCAGUUUCCGGCCGCGGGCAACGAAGCGCGGGACUGCAGCGUUCGUCUGAGCCACGCACUCGCCGAACAGGAGGGACUCUGGACCUGCGGGGCCAGGAUACACGGUCGCCAGAAUUACACGGACGCGCCGCCCGCGAAGCUGAGCCUCCUCGAACCAGAGCCCGUCACUAUCGCGGUUUGGGCUACACCUCAUCAGAUGGUUACUCUCGCAUGUAGAAUCGGAACUGUCUCAUCAAAGGCCAAAUGUCACUGGAAUCAUGCUCCAAACGUUCACGUACAUCAGAAUUCUAGCAAGCUUGCAAAGAAGACGAGACAUAGCAUGCAAAUGGAUUAUACCACGGGUAUAUGUAAGCUAGUCUUCAAACCAGAUCAUUCCGAUCUAGGAAAGUGGACUUGCAGAUUCACUACGACGAAUGAAACCACCGAUAUCGAGAUAGGAAGCGCUACACUCGUGUUGCUCAACACCUUAGCAGAUGAAAAACUAGGAUGGAUCGUGGGUAUCCUAACAGCUAUGAUUUUAUUCCUGAUGAUAAUAGUCGUGGUAUUAGUGGUGUGUAAGGCGCGAAUCUUCGUUCGCAAGACAUCCGAAGUUCUGGAAACUUUACCUUCCAACGAAAACAAUCAAAGCGAAAGAAUCCCAGACAAAAAUAGCGAGGAUCAGGGGAAGAUCAAUCUUCAAUUCGUUGAGGACGAAAACCGUGUAUCGAACAUCAAAAGUGUCUUACCUAAUAGAAGUCCGCGCGUAGAUCGUAUGGAAAAAAAUCAUGCAACGUCAUCCAUAGUAUUUGAGAAUGUUGGAACAUAAUAACAUGCGAUUAUUUUCUUCGUCGAUAUAAAAAUUUUCCUAAUAGAUUAACUUAAGAUUAUAGUAAGUAAAAAAAUUUCUUUUAUACUAUAAAAUAGCGAGAAAAUUAGAAAAGUAAAAUAAUAUUUUGUCUCUAUAGAAAUUACGUACAAAUGUCAUAUGUGUGUGUGUAUAAUUUUUAGCAAUUGUUUAAGAAAUUUG